AUGGAUGUGCUGGUGAAAGAUGUGAAGAAGGAAUCGCUGUGGAAUAUGAUGUUUGCAGAUGAUGUGGUUCUUUGUGAGCAGAGUAUUGACAGAGUUGAGGAAAAGCUGGAGGAUUGGAGGAAGGCACUAAAAGAAAGAGGGAUGAAAAUUAACAGGACAAAGUCAGAAUAUUUAGCACUGAAAGAUGUGCAGAUGAGGUCUUGCAAGUUCCAGGAUGAUGAGCUGAAAUCGAUGUUUGAUUUAUGUCAUCGUUAUAUCGCCAAGGUGACAUGUUCUUACCAUUCCACAGUCCCUUGUGGAGAAUUCAGGAAUUUUUUGAGUUGUUCUCGUAAAGCAAAUGCAGCAUCUAUUGAUCUCCCACGAAUUGGAGAUAGGUUUCGAAGAUUUGAUGAUCUUCCGGAUCCCUCAGCAGUUUCCUUUUGA